AUGAGGCUCGUGGUGCCGGUGGUACUUUUACUGCUGGGAUUCGCAUCAGUUUUGGGUUAUGGCAAAGGACCAAGAAAGGGGAGUUUUCUCCCUCCGGCCUACUCCCCCGUUGGAUUUAUGAAGCCCCCGUUUGUCCCUUUUCCUGGACCAUUUAUUACCAAACUGAAGCCCAUUCACGUCAAAACAACAGUCACCUUCCCCAACGGCUUCACGAGGGUGAUUUUUCCGAAUAGAGGAGGGAACUUCAUACCUUACGGUGGGGCACCUCUACCUGAACCUAUUCCGGUGUUUCCAAUAGCCACGAGCGUGGUGCGUCCCAACAUGGUCAAUACAGGUUUUCCUGUACAAAAAGUCAUUAAACACAGCAACCCCAAACCCGCACCUGUAAAACCAAUCAUUGGAAAAACGGAAACGGCCAAACCAAUUGAAGAAGUCGGAAAACCAGUAUUUGGUGGGACGUUUGUUGUAAACAUUGAUAGAACCAAAGAUUUCCGUCCCCCUCCAAUACGAAGUGUGCAUUUUGAAAGUUUUGAAGUUCCCGUGAAUCCUGGUCCUCUACCCGCAAUUCGAAGCCCACCACCCCCAGAACUCCCGCCCCCUCAGCAAGUUUGGCGCAUAGGAAACUCUGUAGACCACCGACCUAGGAAUUUUUUCAGACAGAACUUCAAUAAUAUCGAAAGAAGAUUUAAUUUAGUACCAAGAAUAAACAUAGACGUCCAACAGCCUGUACGGGAAUUCCGACCGGUACAACCAGUCUCUCCUCCUAUACAAGAGAACUUGCCGCGACCACCACGUUUAGAUCCGCCAAGGAUAACGGUGGAGAAUGUUGUCCCGCCAGCUCCUGUUGAGAAAAUUCAACCACUUCCGGUGAUACCGAUCCAGACUUCUCAUCCUGUUGACCCACCAUUACUUCCGCCGGAACCAGUUCUUCCUCCCGCUCCCCAGCCGGACCUCCCUCUAGUUCCAAUAGCAGAAAUUAAACAGGGACCUGUAGAUCAACAGGGACCGACCCGAGGGGAUGUUCCUAAUAUAGGCCUAGUUUCUCCAGUGCCCGGGGAUCAGGGUAAUGUCAUAAUGGAUUUUAAAGAGGCAAAUACUGGGAAAAGCAACGUUGACGUCAUAAGCAACGAAUUCUCCGACGCUGGUGGCGUUAGAGCCACAAAAAUAGACAUCAAUCAAGCUAACGGGGCAAAAAUAAUCAGUGACCCAAGCCCUGCGAUAAAUGUUGGCCCUGGCCCUGCUCAGCUGAUCGACGCUAGUGUUGGUUCUGACUUUGUCGACAAUACCCGUAUGAUAGCAGCAGACAAUGGCGUAUUUUCGAAUGAUCUAACAAUGGCUGCCUCUGCUAUCUCUGGCCAUGGUCAGUUUAUUGGAGCGGACAAUAGCUUUGAUCAUGUAGAUAGUAUCAACAUAAAUAUCGACCCCAGUCUCGGUCUCGAUUUCGGUCCCCCUAUUGAUCCAGUUGUUGGUCACUCUGAUGUGUCGUCCCAGUUCAACUCCAAGAAUGCAUUUGGACAAUCUUUUGAUGGGAAAGGUAUUGAUAACAGUCUUACCUUCGGUAAUAAAAUGUCUGAUUUUGAAGCAACAUCAAACUUUGUUGAACCUGUACCAAUACGUCUAGCAGAAGCUUCUUUUGACAAUGCAGCCAUGUCUUCUAAAACUUCUAAAUCGAGUGGAUUUGACCACAGUCAUAUCAUCAAACGAACAACUACAAUCAAAAGAACCUCAACGAAAUCCAUAUGA